CCUGGUCUAUGUGACCCCAGGGUGAGGUCUAGAUGCUGACAUGCCCUGAGUGAAACCCCGAGUGAAUCGAUUACUCAGGGCUACCUGGUUGAUGCACGACUAAUCAGCCCUGCCAAAAUGGAGGCACUUGACUCCAAAUCUCUCGACGUAACGCGAUCGACAACAACAUGGACUUACAAUCAUUUCUCUGCCAGUUUCUUGACGGCCUCGGCCUGGUCGGUUGGCUCACGGCGGGGUUCGUUGCUAUAUUCGCUCUGCAGCUCGGUCGGACCUGGUGGCGACUACGACACAUUCCUGGUCCCUUUCUGGCUUCCCUUACCAAUUUGUAUCGUAUGAGCUGGGUUCCGACUACACGGGCGCAUCUCAUUUUGCAAGAUCUACAUAAGAAGUAUGGAGAAGUGGUUCGCAUCGGGCCCAAUAUGGUCUCGUUCAGUAAUCCGGAAGCGAUUCCAACGGUAUAUCCCAUGCGCGCCGGGUUGCCAAAGAGCGAUUUCUACGUGACUUUGCGCCCGUACACCAGGCAUGGUGGCGCAUUACACGCCGUCUUCAACACAACUGAAGAGCACAUUCUCAAGCAAAUCAAGACCCCCAUUGCCCCGAUCUUCAACAUUACCAGCACUACCACCUUCGAGCCACUUGUAGAUGAAGUGUUACAAUGUAUCCGUGAUAGGUUCGAUCAACGAUUUGCCGCCACAGAGCAGAUCUUUGACAUGGGACAAUGGCUGCAGUUCUUCGCCUUCGACGUCAUGGGCACAAUGACAUUUUCCAAGAGAUAUGGAUUUCUGGAUGAGGGGAAGGAUGUGGGCGGAAUGUUGGGAACAAUUGUUGAUUUCAUGAGGACCUCUGCCCCGAUGACACAGUCCCCCAUGUUAGACAGAAUCCUACGGAAGAACAUCAUCGCCGACACCUUCUGGCAAGCCGUCCGGGGUACCGCGUCCCUCUCGAUCCUUGGCUUCGUCGGCCAGGCUAUCAAAGAAAAGAAAGAAAAGUUAGAAAGAGGCGACGACAAGACAGAUGGCCACCAUACGGAUUUCCUGACGCGCUACAUCCACCUACAAAGGAAUAAUCCAGGGAUUCCCGCCUGGGCGCCGACAGCCUGGACAUUCUCCAACAUCAUUGCCGGCUCCGAUUCGGUCGGCACUGUCAUGCGUACCCUCUUAUUCCAUCUCUUAGUCUAUCCAAACACCCUCGAAAAGCUCUAUGAGGAGCUAAAAGCCGCUAGUCUCUUCCAUCCCUUUCCUCGGUACAACGAGGUGCGCGAUCUGCCCUACCUUGACGCCUGUGUUCAGGAAGCAGCCCGGAUCCACCCGCCCUUCGCCUUACCCUUUGAACGGGUCAUGCCUAAGGGUGGCGUCACAGUGCUUGGGCAUUAUCUCCCUGAAGGGACGGUCGUUGGAGGAAACCCGUAUGUUGUGAAUCGGGAUCCGAAUAUGUUCGGCGAGGAUGCGGAGUUUUGGCGGCCAGAGAGAUGGCUUGAGGGGGAUAUCUCUCAUAAAAGAAAGUUAGAAGGAAGUGUCCUUACGUUUGGUGCUGGCCGGCGGAUCUGUCUUGGACGGCAUGUGGGCAUCUUGGAAAUCAAAAAGCUGAUCCCAUUCUUGGUUAUGACAUACGAUAUGCGGAUUGUGGACCGAGAGAAAUUCGAAGUGGAGAAUUCCUGGUUCUUCUUCCAGAGAGGCUUCUAUGCUCAAAUUCAGAAACGCACCCAAGCGGCAUAAAGUUGUCUAUCGAUGCCCUGACUACCACCAAUAUUGGUUGAUAACGUUGUGCUUCGUUGCCCAUCAUUCCUAGUAUUCGAUUAGACUUGGUUUAUCGGCCAGAAGAAAUAUAAAAAUGCUAUUCC